CGGGCUGGCUGUGACAUCACAGGAAGCGGUGGGCUGCUUCCCAACGCCAACCUGACAGCAGCGGCGGCGGCGGCUUAAUUUUACUUUGCAGCGCUCACCGUGUGAGCGUGUGUGUGUGUGUGUGUGUGUGUGUGUGUGUAUUCUAUUCUCUUUGCUGCGACGACACCCGAGACUUGGACACCGAUUUUACAACGAGAUCCUAUUCCCACGUUGGACGGAGCCUUCCCGAUCUGCAGCUUUUAAAUCUUCAAACAGCAUCAAAAUGGCCAACAGGAAGAUGGAGCGCAUCGGGAGGAAUGGACUAGUGGCACUUAUGCUAAUGUAUUCUUUUACUAAGAUAUGUGUGAAGGCAAGCCUCGAGGUCAAUGAAACUCAGCAGCACCAUCCAACCAACGUGUAUCACGACUUGGGAAUCACCCGGAACAAGAUAGUCACAGCACAGUUUGAGUGCUACCAAAAGAUCAUGAAGGACAACCCUUCCGACAGACUAGAGCCCAUGUGUAAUCGCACAUGGGACGGUUGGUUGUGUUGGGAUGACACCAAGGCAGGCAUCACCUCAGAACAACACUGCCCUGACUACUUCCAGGAUUUUGACCCUUCAGAGAUGGUUACAAAGAUCUGCACUGACAGUGGUCAGUGGUUCCUGCAUCCUGAGAGUAACCGCACAUGGACCAACUACACACGCUGCAAUGAACACACCAGCGAAGGCAGAGUGACAGCAAUGAAUCUUUUCUACUUGGCUCUCAUAGGACAUGGACUGUCCCUGACCUCCCUCUUCGUCUCUCUUGGAAUAUUCUUCCAUUUCAAGAGUUUAAGUUGUCAGAGGAUCACGCUUCAUAAAAACCUCUUCUUCUCUUUUGUACUCAACUCUGUGAUCACUAUCAUUUGGUUGACAGCAGUUGCCAACAACCAGGAACUGGUGCAGAGGAAUCCAACAAGCUGCAAAGUGUCCCAGUUCAUUCAUCUCUACCUGUUUGGUUGCAAUUACUUCUGGAUGCUGUGCGAGGGAAUUUAUUUACACACGCUCAUCGUGGUGGCGGUGUUUGCCGAGAAGCAACACCUCAUGUGGUACUAUCUCCUCGGCUGGGGGUUCCCUCUUAUUCCUGCUUCCAUCCAUGCCAUUGCAAGAAGUUACUACUACAAUGACAACUGUUGGAUCAGCUCCAAAACAUCACUACUCUAUAUUAUCCACGGCCCCAUCUGUGCAGCUCUCCUGAGUGCUCAUCACCAAGCUCAAGGUGACCCAUCAAGCCGAGUCGAGCCUCUACAUGAAGGCCGUGAGAGCAACUCUCAUCCUGGUACCGCUUCUGGGCAUCCAAUAUGUCCUGCUUCCCUACAAGCCGGAGGGGCGGGUUUCCUCAGAAAUCUACGACUACAUCAUGCACAUACUGAUGCACUACCAGGUCCAAGCAGUUUUACGGCGGCACUGGAACCAGUACAACCUCCAGUUUGGCAGCAGCAUCGGAAACCAUUCGGACGCCCUGCGCUCGGCAUCCUACACGGCUUCCUCCAUCACCGAGGUGCAAGGAUGCUACAGCAUCGACGGCCAAUCGGAACACAUGAACGGCAAAGGAUGCCACGACACGGAUGCUUCCAUCCUAAAGACGGAAAACGCCUUUGCCUGACCACGAGGUGUCUUCCAACUCAACCCUCAGCAGCUUUGGUACUACGUGACCACCAGCUUCCAACCACUGAGACUGGACUGUUCAGGGUUGAAGGAAAAAGACUACAUACAACUCACCAUUCUGUCACAUUGACAUGGGCCCAUUAAUUGUCAUGAUAAAUGUGAUUUAUAGAAGGCCUUUUAUUACAGUGCAGUACAAUGAAUGCUUUUGAUCUGGUUAGUGCCAAAUUGGCAAGUCCUUGCCUGCGUCAUUCAUUAGGCCCUGGAGUCUGAAGGCCCUCCUGGAAUUGUUGUUUAUCUUUGUCUUAUAUCUGUCUUCUUCCUUCUAAAUUUGUGUUUAGGGUGUGAAAGUUAGAACAAAAUUAGCCCCCAACACCAGUUUCACAGAUCAACACGAAACUGGCUGGACUGUCACUAUUAUAACAGGACACAUGAAAAAGUCUCAAGAACCCAUGCAUGAAAUUAAACAGGAAGUUGUCGUUUUUGGUGUGAAUCGGCCAUUUAGGCAAAUUUCUCCGCUUGGACUCUUUACAAACUCCUACGAGGGAAUGCACCUAAAUAAACCCCAGUUGGAACUGACUAUCCUAUAAGAUGAGUGACGAUAAAUUGAAGUCAGGCGAGUGUACCAGUACACCAUGAGUGAUCUUCGAUAUAUACGUUCUUGCCAACAGCACAUCAAUGAGUGUAACAUUUGUUCUAUACAGCAGCUAUAUUCCUCUCCUUGAGAUUUUAACAAGUGGAACAUACAGUAUUUUACCCAAAUGAGCCCCAAUUGGAAGUAGUAUCCUCCACACAUGGGCGAUGCCAUAUAACAUGGUGUCAAAGUUUGAUCAUCGUUUCAAGGAUUCAGCAAGAAUAUGGAAUUUAGCUUUAUUUUUUUUCCCCAUAAAUAACACAGAACAGAUGUUUCAUGUAAUAAUAUAUUCAUAUUAUAUCAUGUAUUUCAUAUUAAUUUAUCCAUUGGUAUUCUUGUUGAUAAAAGUAAUUACUGUAUUUAUUUGUGCUGUUGAUAAGCUUACUUUUUAGUUCAUCAAGUAAUACAGUGUACUGUAUUAGCUUUGGCAACUUAACAAACCUUUUCAAAGCAUUAAUGUUUUUUUUUGUCGUCGUUUUAGAUUUAAGAGAGAAUUGGUUCAGAAGCAGAAUUUAUUACACUUUUUUUUUAAUCAAGUAAACUGUCGUAUGUGCUCUGCCUUGGCCAGACACACUGGUGGUAUUGGUAUAUGGAAGUAGGCUGGGGACACAUGACAAUUAUGAAAUCUUUUUUUAGACGUAGCGGUAAUUAUCGUUUUUUAUUAUCGCAGUGCUUUUUUUAUCAUAUUCAUUUGAGAACAGCAACUUCAAACACUGGAAAGAGAGAAAAAUGUGCCGCAGAAUUCAUAUUGUACUUGAUGCUCGUAGGACUCGCAACAUUUGAAUGCACAAAAGUUUGUUACUGUUACUGUUGAACACCACUACAGUGCCAUAUGAUUAUCUAUAAAAUGAUGCAGUAUUAAAACAUUUUUUUAUAUUGCUUGCCAUAUAUUGGAGAUUGACUUUUUUCCCAUUAUGUGUAUACCUUCUGGCAGAGUGAAACACGUGAAAGAGGUUGAUUUUGAAACAUCACAUACAGUUGAGUUGUUCCAAUUACUAAAUUGAAUUUGAACAUUCAACAACACUUUCCAUAUUAUCCAUGAUGCCACGAUAUAAAAAAAAAAAAAAAAAAGAGCAGGUGUAAAUACGCUAAAUAGAGAGAACACGAGUGAGAACCGUGUGUGGGCAUGGUUUAUAUUUACAAUAUUUACGAGUGCAAUAUACUCCGAAGCCUUUAAGUGUGGAGUAUUAUGUGACAGUGUGUGAGACGUUGGUAGAUCAACCAAAAAAAAAAAGAAGUGAUAGACAAGGGCAACCGCUGUAUUAUUUACCGCCAUGCUUUGUGAGGUUCUCACAUCAUUUCUAUUGAAUGUGGGGAGAAUCACCAUAGGUUCUCCGUGGACCGCCAUAUUGUCAGCGAACAUGCUGUAUGUGUAUUUUGUAGAUAGUUUCUUCAACCUCCCACUGUGAGAGUAAAACUCAAACAAUAUUUCAUUUUUAUAUUGGACACAAUUCCCAUCUGCGAAAGCACCAGACGUUCUGACCACUACCCCCAAACCCCACCCCACCGGCAUCUUCACAGUUAGCUAAACAGUAUAUUUUUUUUAAGUUUUAGUGAUUGUCGGCAAACAGGAAUAAAUACAUGCACACAUGAAAGAGAAUGUAUGCGAUCGCGAAAGCAACUCAAGACUUUCGCGAAGCCAGUGGACUGAUCUAAACCCAAUUAAGCAUGCAAAACAAUUAAAGCUGAUAGUCUUCAAAUUUAAAAAGUCUGUCACUGUCCAAAUACAAUGCAGAUUCUUUUUAUACGAUAAGCUCUGCCACCCAUAGGAUGAAAUUGCAAUGGUUGCAAGAUGUUACAUUUCCAUUGACAGAUGAUGGAGGGUUGGAAUUUACCAGGUGUUGAUAUAUCAUAAUGGUCUUGGGAAAGUAUCACAACCAUGGUGACUCCAUUGUGUAUUUAUGUACAGUUUUACUUCUUUUUAUGAUGCUAAAAAGAGGUUGCGAAGUCCCAGUGAUGCUAAAAGGAGGUUGUGAAGUCCCAGUGACCCUUGUGGUAUCACGGUGUAAAGUAGUAUGACAAAAGCAUUUUGGACGAUGUUUGUCGUUUAUGUUUAUACUGUACUGUAUUCUACUUUGGUAGUCUUAAGUGACACCACUCUGCUGUUUGAAUGUAAUUGUUGGCAGAUUCUGUGAUGUGAAAAAAAAAUCUUUUUACAUACGUCUAUUUUUUAUUAUUAUUCCACUGAACUGAACAAUGUUGCGAUAGUGUAUUUAUCUUCAUACAACAGUAUAGCACAGCACUUGUUUGUUGUUCAUAGCUUAUUUUAGUAUGUUUUUGUUUAUUUCUUUAGUUUAUUGUGAAUGAAUAUAACUCACCACAGUUUUCUUACACUGACCUAAUAAAGGUAACUACAAUAUU